CAAAUUCAGAUCAUUUUACCAUUGAAAUCAUCAUUAGAUAAAACCAUUUCACAAGGGACAACUAAAAAGGUAGAUUGGACCGUACAAAACAAUAAGUCAAACCAAAGACAUUAACCAAAUCCGUUGUUGAAGAGCCAACCACUAUCGUUUGUUAUCAUCACCCUCCGUCCAAAAACAUCACUCCAAGAAGUUGGAAAACUCUAACAAACACUGCUCAAUCGAAUCAAUUCCCUAUUCCCGAUCUUCAUCCACCAUGUCGGCGUUGCCAUCAUCGGCUGAGGCCAGGCACUUUAGCUCCGAUGAAGGGCUCCAAACCGAGUUCAGCAAUUACAGAUACAGCAGCAGCAUAAGCGAGAUUGAGGAAGAGAAUUCAGCUGAGACGUUAGACAUUAAAGGAACAAACGUCUCACUACUGGCGACCACGGCGUUGGAGAGCAUUAGAGAAGAUUACAGUGGCGGUUGUUCGUUCUCGUCGGAUGCUCUGAAAUGGGAGGAUUGUGUUUAUGUUGGAAUUGGGAAAAACGAUUCCAGUGUUGAUGCUCUUCAAUGGACACUCAAGAACGCCAUUACAACUUCCACCACUGUUGUCUAUCUCUUACAUGUCUUCCCUGAGAUACGUUACAUUCCCAGCCCAUUGGGAAAGAUUCCAAUUAAUCAGGUGAGUAAAGAACAAGUGGCUAUUCAUGUAGCCCAAGAAGAAAGCAAAAGAAAGGAUUUUCUUCAGAACUUCCUUGACUCUUGUUCUGCUGCUAAGGUUAAGGCAGAUACUGUACUGAUUGAGAGUGACAUGGUAGCCAAGGCCAUUUUGGAUGUUAUACCAAUUCUCAACAUAAGGAAGCUAGUCCUUGGAGUUAACAAAUCCAGGAAGUUGAGAUCUCGAGGGGGAAGCGGAAUAGCUAAUGAGAUACUUCAGAAAGCUCCGGAAUAUUGUGAGGUGAAGGUAGUUUGUGAAGGGAAAGAAAUGAACCAGCUGGGUCGAUUGCCCUCUCCUCUCUCUUCUCCUCGCUACCAAGAUGAUAGUUUUCAUCCUAAUUCCAGCAUUACAGAAGUGGAACAACAACGAAACAAUUCAAUUUCUUGCAUGUGUUUUAAGACUAGGUUUGUCUGAGCAACGAGUAAAUUGAGUACAUUAAGAGCUCUCUUGUCCCUAAUAUUGUGUAGCUUUUUUGAUACCGACGUUCUUCAUUGUAUUCUUACCUAUAAAGGAUCAAAGUUCGUAUACUUGAUUUCUAUUUAA